GCAUCCUUGCUCACCGCGCCUCUAUCACACUACGCAAUAUGGACAAUCCAGUCAGUCUCAUGGCUUAUUUACAAUAUGGACCACCGAGAAUACCGGUCAUCGACCAAGAGCAGUCGAAGGAAAACACGACAAGCCAAAUAUGCUCCGCCGAUGACAUUCGCUCCGUUGGAUACUGGGUAGAUUUCAACUUGUCUACAAUCCUGCAUCAGCACCAGGCUAUACUUGCAAAUAGCCGAUGCGCUGAUGAGGCGAUGCCCGACUCCCCUCCUCAACCUAUCAACUCAGAAACAGGUCUUAAGCGACGUUUUGCACUCUAUAUUUAUCAAAGGGUGCGACGGGCUCUUCGCAGUGGGUUUAGUUUUCUGGAAAUGAACGAUCAACUAGGCAACCGGACUGUUGUGGAAUUCGGAGAAGGGGAUUUAGCAGGACUUAUUGAGCAGUUUAUACCAGAUACCGCAUACUACGAUCCACUUGCUAUAGCUGGUACACGACCGAAUCGUCUUCCCGGGAGUCUAAAACCCUCUUUCAAAUGGUCUCUUACUCAACAGAACAGCCCAGAACAUUACCAAAGAAAGCAAUUCAAGUAAGUCUUAGCCCAACUUAAUUUCUAUAUAAAGCAAUAUAAAAAUCGUUUUGGGUUUAUUCUUACCGAUU